UGGGUAUAAAAGACGAGGAAGUCUGGAGAACGAUCAUCAUUCGAAAUUGCCUCUGGUUUUGACAUCAACGAGUCUCUCCCUCCCUCUCUCUCUCUCACCAAAAUCCUCAUCAACAUGAAGACUGUACUGUUGCUGGCGUUUGUAGGCCUAGCGAGCUGCAGAGUAGCUUUCUUCGAGAGGGGAGAUGACCUAAAAGUUAAAUACUCGUAUGAUGACGAUGAUCACGACAGGGACGUCGAUUAUGAUGACGACUAUAGGCCUAGGGUAGUUUCAUCGACUUUCAUUCGACGACCCGAACCAGUGCAGUAUGCCGAAGUGGAAGUGCCAAGGUUCAGGACCCAAUUCGUGGAGGUUGAGACUCCAAGACCUGUCUACACCGAGGCUGUAGUGCCUGUGAGAGCCGCCCCCACAGCCAAUGUCGUCACUCAGUAUGUCCGUGCUGAACCUGCUGUGGCAGUUCCUGUGGCCCGAGGAGUACGUGCGGAUUUUGACUCUCGUCCCAGGUCUACAUUCUUCGCUCCGAGGAGGGAUGUCUUCAGGUUCUCUGACGACAACAUCAGCCGUGAGGACAAAUAAGGCUCUCGGUCUCUUGGUACUUUGACCAAUAUACUUGCACGAAACAGAUCUUCCCAGAGGACUUGGAAUCUGGAAUGGUUACCACCUUUGAAAAUUAAGACACGUCGCUCCUUUUUCUUCUCUCUGAUUCUAUCUUUAUUCUUCAAAAUGUAGUAAAUGAUAUCACAUAAAGCUAUAAAGGUAUAGAA